AUGACCUAUCGGGCUUCUGAACAGAAUUCCAACUAUAUUAGAGUCCAUAAAGUCAUUUCUGUUGCAAACUUCACAAUGAAACAGUCAGAUCUGCAGCUCUCAGACAUCUUUCUAAAAGCACUUAACCACCUGCCCCUGGAGUACAACUACACUUUAUACAGCAGAAUAUUCGAUGACUUUGGCACUCAUUACUACACCUCUGGGAAGAUGGGUGGUUCCUAUGACAUUCUUUACCAGUACAGCUCUGAGGAACUAAAGAACUCAGGUCUGGCAGUGGAUGAAUCAGUGGAGUGUGUCCGAACAGAAACAACAAGGCAUGUGUUCUUCUGGAAGAAAAAGAAAGUCAGUACCAGAUGCACCACAAACAGGAUGACUGUGAAACAUGAAGGUUCCAUUUUGGAGUCAGCCGAAUGGUCAGUCUCUCUGGUAAAGGGUGGCAGGUCAGAGUACACUGCAGCUCUGGCCUGGGAGAAAAAGGGGGCUUUUCCAGGACACACAGUCUUCACAAUGCUGGAAUCCACAAAGGACAAUCCCAUGGUGACUGACUUUGAGGUAAGCGCCAUCAUGGAUUUGGUGAAGAAUGUGCCAUGUGCCGUGACCAGACCUUGCAACCUGAGGAGAGCCCUGAGAGAAUAUGUGGGCAGGUUUGACCCUUGCCAGUGUGCCUCAUGCCCCAGCAAUGGCAGGUCUGUGCUUUCCAGGACGGAGUGCCUCUGCCUGUGCCAGACUGGCAUCUACAGCAAAAAUGACACACGAGCUCUGGGUUACAAAUCAGGUAUUUGGGGUGAUACUGUCAUGAUAGGGGCUCCUUGUAUAAAUGAUUAUGAAGCAACAAGAGAAGAGGAUAUAUUGAUUGGUGAACCUGAGUCUGGAUGCUCCAGGCCAGACCCACCAGAAAACAGCUUUAUCAGGAAUGAAAAGAACCAGUAUGCUAUGGGGGAAGAAGCUGAAAUUGCCUGUGUGAGUGAGUAUGUCCUCAGUGGCUAUCAAUUCCUUUGGUGUCUGCCAGAUCAAACCUGGACACAACAACCUGUUGAAUGUCAACCCUCAGUAUGCCUCAGGCCACUAACAUCUGACAGUGUCACAAUUUCCCCAUUUAAACAACAGUACAAGAUUGGUGAAACCAUGAAGCUGAGCUGCCAAGCUGGGUUUAUAGUCACUGGUCAAACACAGUAUACUUGUGGGAAAGACUUGUUCUGGAUACCUCCUAUUUUGAGAUCUAUUACAUGUGAAAAAGAUGUGCAAACUAAGAUUAGAGGUGUUUGCAAUCCAGGACAAAAGCAGGUUGGAUCUUAUUGUGUUUGUAUGUCUCCAGAAAAGGACUGUGGGUAA